GUCAUCGUUCGUUCGUUGUUCGCUUUUCGGUGUCACUGUUCGUUCGCUGCGGAAAGCAUCGUACCGAGUUGAAUGUGUUUUUCAAAUGAGUUUUGUGCGGUGAAAAGAAAAAUAUGUAAACUAAUUUUAAGUUAAAAGUGAGAAAAAAACACAUAGUAUAAUUAUAAAGUGGGUGGUGAAUUGUAAAAGUAGUAAAAGUUAAAAGAAACUUAAGUGGGACAAUAUACAGAGACUGGACCAGUAUAUACGUUCAAUUCGGGUAGGGGUGCGAAAACGGUAGAACGGCUCUGCGGUGGACCAGCACCAGUGCCAGCGAAUUUGUACGAAAGCAUAAGAGUUGGUAAAGGCUGUAAAAAGCAGAAAUGGUGAAGAUGAAAAAAUUCAUUGCGGGAAAUUUCAGACCAAUUGUGCGCGAGUCGUUACGAGAUACUAGCAAAAUUUGAUCUGUUUGUGAUUUUCUUUCGCAAAUUAUGAAAAUUAAGAGAAUGUGCUAUUUUUACAAUUUUGGAAAAAUUAGGUAAAAAUUUAACGUUGAAGUAAAAAAAUUGUGCCAGACUAGCAGGGUACCAACACAACUAACAUCCUGCGCUGGUAUACGCACACUUACAAACACUCGCUGUGGGUACUCGACUCGUGAGCCACGCACUGUUUUCAUACAAAUUGUCGGAGUUAUUCGUUGAACUUACAUGCGCGUUCGGUGCUCGCUGGUAAAUGACGACUGACGGCCAAAAACGCUUUUCUUAAAUUUAAAAAAUAUACAAUUGUUUAAUUCUAAAUUGUGCUUAUAGUAAUUAGGUGGAAAGUAGAAGAUUAAUAUAUGUAUUUAUUCGGAAAAGUGAAUUAAUUCCAACAAAUACAACGCAGGAAACAUACACAAGUAUACCUCUUGCCAUUUCAUAUGUUUGCAUUGUGUUCUUCGUAUGCUGGGCUAAAAUGCCUAUCUACAUAUUUAUUUUUCACUGAAGUUACUAUUAACCCUUUAUCAUCUGUUAUUGACCGUUUUGUACCUCAUGUCGAUGUUCUUAUUCGCUUGCGCGUUUGCUGCUGUUCAUUUUCGGUCGUUUUGUUGCUCUGGCUGUGUUUCGCUUGAAGUUCCAUUUGCAAAUGCGACAACGUUUCCACCGACAGUCAUUGUGGGCCGUUUGGUUUCUUCGUUGACUAGCUGGUUUGUUGGCUGAUUGGUUGUUUGUGCUGACUGACGACUGCUGACUGCCGUACUGUUAGUAUGGCUGUUUUGCCGAUAGCUGCCCAGCUGUAAUGCCAAUCGCAUGCCCGUUCACACGACGAACAUUUUAAUUCAUGAGAAAUGAAAGAAUCACCUCACUUUUGAAUAUUUUCGCAGCUUUUCUCCGUCGCUUUGCCGAACCUUCGAUGCGCUCCUAGAUGAAGGGGAACCCUGUGGUGGCGUUACAGCAGCGGUAGCCAUAGCCGUAGCAUACAAACAAACUGCGCGCUCGACUGGCUGUACUACGCGCGCGCGAGAGAGUGAGAGUGUGCUGCAUGCAGAGAGCAUAAUGAUGGCAUGGCAUCUGCUGGGCGACAUUGGUCUCUAGGCUAUGGCGCUUUUCUCCCGAUAAUUGAUCCUAAACGAAUUCAAGGUGCAUUUCUGUCGGACUUCGCAACCCAUCACACUUAACGAAGCAGCAGCGAAGCAAUGAAUGAUACAAACAAUCAAGCGUCCGAAGAAUCACAAAAUCCAACACAGAACAUUUCGUACGCAGUCAGUCGAGUUAGCCGCAACCAAAACGCCAUCCUGGCUCACGUGCAGGCCAACAACUUAAUUGCAGAAGAACAGGAGCAAAUCGUCACGUCAACUUCGAGUGAUACGCAGACAAGUACACCCGGCCAUUUGCCGCAUAUCGACGCAUUGAUCACAUCGCCGGCGCGCAUCACCAGUUCCACGGGGAAUGAUUGUAGCUCAUCGCCGCAGCGUGUGUUGUCCACGACGUGUAGCAGCAGCAGCAGCGGCGGUAGUGGCAGACAAUCGACCCAGAACCGUGGCGACAUAACAACAACGGAUGCCUCCAGCGAGGAUGAAUCACAAUCACCACAUCAAUCGACGCAAUCAUCUUUCAUUAGCCGGAACAUACUGAAGUCAGGUGGGGCAGCCUGUGCUUUCUCUCGAGCAGUGCACGCUCUAGACUCGGCAAUGCCGACAACUUCUGCUGCAGCGGCGACAAGUACAGUAGGCGUUAGGGGUGAGGAGGCGGAACUGAGGACAGCGGUUGUUGCUAGCAACAAUAGCAAAAAUAGUAUUAGUAAUUUAAGUAACGGCAGUUUGGAACAUACGAUCGGCGACGAGGACGGACACGUCAAUAUUAUGGUUGCGCGCGAGCAGACAACAACCACGGUGGCUACAAGCGGCGAUACUGUCGCUGGUCACGCAGUGAGUUUAAGUGCCGGUGGCGAGCAAGGUCAAGUAAUGCAAACUGAGCAAACCACCGAAUCACAUAAGAUAAUACUAAAAUUACCCAAGCCAAACGCUACGAGCGUAAAUGCACGCUCCAUUGAAUCUCAGAGCAAUACCGAAUUGAUAGCUGCGGAAGACAAUGCCGCUGGCUACAGCGGUGCUGAGCCGUCCCGCAAAGUGGAACCAUUGAAAAUCAACUUACACACACAUAAUAGUCCAAAUAUUGUGCCGAAAAUCACAAUUAGACCGAUCGUGAAGAAAACAAAUGAUGUUGCAUCCUCGGACUAUUCGUCUUCAGCCGAAGACGAUAUGCUGGCAGAGCCCUGUAGCACAAGAAUCGGUGCACAAAUACCGAAGCUAACUAUUAAGGCGUCCGUCGUCGUUGGAGGCAGCGACGAACCACACAUUGUGCCCAAAUUGACAAUACGUUCGGCCAACGACAGUUCGGACAGUUCAAUUGUGCCUAGGCUUACGAUCAAAAUGUCCGAUUCUCAAGGCAGUUUGCAUGGUAACAACAGCAUUAGUCAAUUGCCGGCGUCCACUUCCAUGGCGAACAGCACAGCAACUACAAAAUCACUUGCGGAACACACUCCACCACCCAUACCGAAGCUCACCAUAAAAACAUCGCUAGAUGGCACCAGCGAAUCGAUAAUGUCCACAAUUUCGCCAGCUUUCUCCUCGUCGUCAUCGUCCAGCACAUCUUCGUCAGCAGGCGUGCCCUCGCUGUCUUCCACCACCGCGUUGUGUACGGUUUCAAAUACCACCAAUAAUACAUGUUCUGUGCCUAAGCUGACGAUAAAAACAUUGCCUCCGAAGCACGAGGAGCUGGUGCCAAAACUAACAAUUAAAACCAAUGCAACAGGUGCCUGCAUCAGCACAUCUACAGCGACUAUUUCCGUUGAAGACAAAGCCGAAGCUAACGACGGCGGCAAUGUCGCUGGCAGCGGUAACAGUAAAAUUCCCAAACUUACAAUCAAAACCGGUCAGGAACACGCAGUCAUUAUAACGCAGCACAAUGACACCUCUAACGCACAGAUCAUACCAAAGUUGACGAUCAAAACGAAAUCUCUGGAUGUAGAAGAGUCGCUAAGCGACAUAAGCGAGGAUCCAGCACCGCCGCCAGAGAAGAUACCCAAGAUAACAAUAAAAACAAACGAAACUGCCGCUGAAGCCGCAACGCCUAAAUUUUGUAUUAAGACAUUGCACCAGCAACCCGAAAUGGAGCACAUUCAUGCAAUCCCGAAACUAACCAUCUCCAUGGCGAAUUUGGAGGGCAGCGUGUCGCCACAAUCACCCAAGCAAUCGUCGCUUGUGGUGCGGCAGCUGUCGACCAGCACCCGCAAGCCGGAGUCACCAGAAAGGCUGCCCAAACUAAUGAUAUCUCGCCAGGAUGUGAAAGGUAGCAUUUGUGACGCUUCUGUGGAGAAAGUAGUGCCAAAGCUGACAAUUAAAACUAACAGUCAGGAUGGUGGCAGCAGCGAGUGCAAGGAGAAAAUCCCCAAACUAACUAUUAAAUCUAUACCCAAUAUGGAGCAUCAAUCCUCGGAAGAGAGUGAUGAAUGCCUAAGUGGCGAAUCAUCGCCACCCCUUUCAGCCGGGGAAGAGUCAGCUGCUAACAAAGUGGUGCCCAAGCUGACCAUUAAAAAUCUUUCGUCGCCAACAUUGAAAAUGAAAGCAGUUUUAGAGGAUAAACCACAGCGUAAUGCUUCAAAAAAGUGUGGAAAAUCCAGCGACCCAAAAAGCGCCAUCGACACAAACGCCACAGUCAUGUGCGCCGCGCCGCAAAGGCCGCUGGGUCCACAAAAAAGUACAGAGAGUAAUGCGCGCGAGCAAAUAGUGAACGGUUGCGAAUCGAGCAGUAGCCAAGAAUUUUGUGGCUUCAACAAUGACAACACAACAUUUGCUGAAGAGGAGGACCUUGAGGAGCCACGUCGUAACUCUGACGACAUGGAUAUUGAUGUGUGUUUGCAGCAACAUGACCCACAGGUAUUCAACAAUGUGUUUCAUGUUAGCAAUGGUGAUUCGCUGCAAAUGGAAAACGCUGAAGAAUCGCAACUCAUGCAGCCGCCGCUAUCCGCUGAUGAUUUGUCGAUUGUUGUUGAUACCGUCGACUUGACAUCCUCACCCUCGCCUGGCUCAUCGCCAGCGCACUUCACCUACACUGAUGCGGAUCCUCAAAUAAGCGAUGCGCAACAACCACCACAAGCCACCAUACUCAUGGAACGGCUGCAGCGUGAAAUGACCGUUAUACAGACUGCGCCACCACUGGACAACACCAACAGUUUCCUGCUCAAUCAAUUGAAUACGUCGCUGAACGCUACCAAAUACGGUACACCUCCGCCACUACAGCCGAAGCCGCAACAGCAACAGCAUCAUCAACAACAUGGCCUCCACCAGCCACAACAGAAGCAACAGCAAAUAAGCAACAGCAUUAAAUAUCCCCAAUUAACAGAACGGUUAAUGGCUAAUGGCGCGCGUGUACGGCAAAAUUCGACCAUAACGUGUGCAGCCAAUGCUGCGGACGCGACCUUAAAUAAUGCAGCUAUGAGUGCUAACAUGUCAUGUCAGAUGGCACUGCAACCGGAGAAGGUCAUUGAUUCGAUUGAGAUUCUGGAUACUCCGGAGGGCAGUCCGCGUUUAACACUGGACGAUAGCGCUGCGUUGCCAGAGAAUCUGCAUAUAAACAACGAGGAUGGAUUGAAUGAUACAACAGGUUCCGGUGCCUACGAGGAAAAUAGCGCAGAUAUUUUGAGUCACAACAACAACAUUAUGGAGGAUUCAACAGCACCAACGGAUGAGGUAAAUCAUAUGAAUAUGAAAAGGCACGCGAGCGCCAUGUCGACUUUGAUGAUGGAGAACGAAGUAGCGGAACAAUGCAUCGAGAUCACACCAAAUAAAGUGCGGCGCAUUGAUAGUGAGUCGCAUACCAUGGCCACUUUAACCAUACUGACGGACGAUGAGUCGUCUAAUACGAAAUUAAUAACUACAUCACCCACCAUAUUCGGUGGCAAUCAUCACGUCGUGGACAUAACCAACGAUGUUGCUCAAUCAGAUAACGCCUCCAUCGCAAUGCAUCUCUCUUCGCCAAAGACUUCCAUUCAUCGUCCACGCAAACAACGCCACGAACAUCUGCUGGCUAUACCACUAGACGAGGAAGAUCCCAUGCAGUACAAUUUGAACAAUGAUGUAGCUAAUAAUAGUUACGUAUCGAAUGAAGUAAGUGGAGCAACCUCAGAACAGUUGCUUGUACACACACCCGUCGUCAAACGGCGUGGCCGUCCGAAAAAGAAUGCCUUCAAUAAUGCUACUGCGACGGCCAACGUCGUGCAAAUGCCAGUGGCAGCAGCAUUUAACGAAGGCAACAUUGGUAUCGACGAUACGGAGGUUGUUUCGAAGUCACGACGUGUAGAGCUGUUGCGUAAACGUCUCGCAAUCGAUAUGGUCGAUGGUGAGCAGCCAGUCGACGAGCAGGAAAGUGCAGAGGUAGUGAAUGAUAGUGAGAUUUUGAAACGUGAACGCGCCUUGCGCACGGGGGCGCGUAGUUCCCGACGUAGUUUUUUGCCGGGUGGCGCAAUUACGCCGGUAGCUAAAUUGAAACCUGUCGGCAACAAUGGCGAAGUGUCUAUUAAAAAUCGCAAACGCUCGGUAAACGUCUUAGGUGGCUGCAGUGCCACCUUUGGCUCAAAUUCGAUUAACAAUACCACCGCAAGUUCAGUGUCAGAUGCUGGUUUGUCCGUCCUUAAUCACUAUGGUGGCUCGAAUUCCAGCAUAUCGUCUACCUACUCAAGCAGCUCAAUGAGCUCUGCUACUGUUACAACAGCUGCUGGCGGCCAACUGGGCACUGGCGUAGCUUCGUCCAUUUCUUUGGCCACACAAAUCGAUUUGACUAUGUGCUCGUCGUCGUCGUCAGCGAGCAAUGGCAGCACCACUGCCACUAUGACCAUAGCAGGUGGAAGUGCUGCCGUUAAUGCCGGUGCAAUCAACGCCGCAGUGCAAAAUCAAAGUAGCAGCUCAAUGCUGCCACCGGCCACUAUACUCUCCUCUUCUGAUCCAGUACCGGAUGUGGUCUUUAGACCUAACGAUUUCUCAUCGCUCAUGGCAACUCAACAGCUACGCGCUGCCCACUCAAUCCGCGCAGGUAUGGAAACGGAUCUGCUGCGGAUCCAGACAACGAUAAACAGCAGCAAAUAUGAUGUGCGCCAUGAAGAGUCUGUCAGUCAGGGUAGUGGUGCGGAAGGCAGUGGGACGGGUAUGUCUGGAGACGAUUCGACCACAAGUAUAGUGAGCACACCUGUUGGCCGUGGACGCGGUGGACGCGGUCGUGGACGUGGUUCUGGCCGUGGGAGCGGACGUGGCAGUCGUGCGCAUCGUUUGGGCCGUGGAGCCAGCGCUGUCGCUAAGCAAAUCGCGCUUAGUCGGCCACGAUGCAUUGGUGGUCUGAAGCAUACACCCGACCCAGAACGAAUGAAAGGCCUCUUCAGUCCGUCCCCACAAGUGUUUGAAGAGGAUACACGCAUGAGCGCCGACUUGAGUCAUACGCACAUACAGCUGCCACCGGAGCCACUAACUCCUUUGAGACAACCCGAUUUUCUUAACAAUGAUGAGUCGCAAUCCUCAGUGGUGAGCACGAAUAGCAUCUUGGAUCCAAACACUGUGACUGCAGUCCAAAAUGGCAGCGUUAUCAAACGUCCAAAGAAGAAGAAAAUGGAAGUUUGCGUUGCUGAAGACGCCGAAAUUACCGUCUCAGCGAUUGCCGAGUAUGAGUGGCCACCUCCAAAAGGUUGUUGCCCAUCGAAGAAUCGCGAUACUUUCAUGAUCCAAGAGCAGGUCGCUUUAUAUUUGGGAAUUAAGAGCUUUAAGCGAAAAUAUCCUGAUUUGCCACGUCGCCAAAUCGACAUGGAGGAGCGUAAUUGGUUGCAGGAGAAAGGCCUCGUUUCAGAACGUAUGUGCGAUUUAGGCAUUACGGCAGUCUGGGCAUCCGACAUACUGGACAUUAUGUAUACAGAUUUCUAUGAAAAGUACGAGGAGUAUAAGGAUUUCAUACGGCAAAAGCAUCUGCGCGAAAUCGAGGCGAAACAGAAAGCAUUGGGUCUCAAUGUGUCUGGUCGUGGGCUGCAAGCACGUGAACGUGCUCUGCUAUCAGCCAGCAAAUGGAAUUCUUACUUCAAUAGGAGCCGCAAGGAGGAACGUUUAGCAUGCCUAGACUUGCAGACGUUAACAGUGAAUGUGCCAUUGCCUGCAACAGCACCCAUUGCAACUCUUGUGAAUAGGCCUGUAGCUGAGUCAGUGGCAGAGGCCGCCAAAGCCGAGCAAAUACCUGAACCACCAACCUUGCUGCAACCGCGCAACACUACGCCGACACGGGAUCUGAACACCAGUUACCCCGUAGCAGUUAUACCGGGCCAGUUUUAUGCGGAAUAUCGUCAAUACACGCCAUUUGAGUUGAGUUGUUUCCCGCUUAACACGGUUCUUCAGGACCCACGUUUGCUGGCUGAACGUAUGACGCAAUAUGAGUUGGAUACAAAGCCAUUGGUUGAUCGCCAGAGCGCUCAGGUUACAAGUCUGACUGCUAAUGCAGCAGACGCACAGGCCACCAUUGGCAACUGUAUGGAAAGCACCACGGCAGCAAACGAUCUGCGAUGUAGCGGGCGUUCACGCUAUGCCUCAAAGGCAAAUUGUGAUAACGUGAAGUCAGCAGAGGAAAGCUAUAAAGUGGAAAGCGACAGUGCAACAGAGUCCGCGUUGUCCUCAUCGGACAGUGAAAGUGAAACGGACUCGGAUACCGAUUCGGAUAGCUCAAACGGUGAUACUUCGUCGUCAUCUGAAGAGGAGAGCAACACGCCAGUCACCUGUGGCGUUUGUCAACUUGUGCAGAAUCGAAAUAUGAAAAAUCUGCCCGAGGUCUUUAUAUGCUGUUACACAUGUCGACGCAGAGUACACCCGAGUUGUAUUGAAAUGCCACAUCGCAUGGUGGCGCGUGUGAGGAACUACAACUGGCAGUGUACCGAGUGUAAAUGCUGCAUUAAAUGCAAAGGAAAGAAGGAUCAGAACAAAAUGUUAUACUGCGAGCAGUGCGAUCGAGGCUUUCACAUUUAUUGCCUGGGCAUCAAAGCCGUGCCAGAUGGUCGAUGGAGUUGUGAUCGUUGCAGUAUUUGCAUUCGUUGCGGCGCCACCAAACCAGAGGGCUUGCCGCAACAACCAACUCUAAUCUCGCCAAAUGGCGAGAAGAUCAAACAAGUCAAACACAAGAAAGUAAAGUGGAUUAACGAGUAUAGAAUAGAUCACAUCACGAAAUUGCGUGAACAAUGCUCCAUGUUGUGUGUGCCAUGCGGCCGCUCGAAGAGCGUAAAACGUGUUCAAAUAGCCAGCCCAUGCGUUAGCAGCGUAGUAGCCACGUGUGCAUCGAAUCAGUCGUCGUCACCCGCCGCAAUGCAACAAAAACAGCCAGUAAAAAUCCUACCGCAACCUCACGCGUCGACUGUUGGUGCCACCGCGAUAGCCAAUGAAGCAACGAAUAGCAAUGGUGCAUGCACCAAAGGUGCCACCCCAGCUGUUGCGCCUGCAAUGAACAAAUCUAGCGCAGCCAGUACGCUGCCGCCGCCACCGCCCGUUGUUGCCUGAGUGGGGGUGAUACGUUACUGCCCCAAGCGUAGUAGCCUAACAGAUAUGUAGUAGCAAUGAAGUGCGGCGACAACUGAACAAAGUAUGUUGGUGCAUGAGCUGCUCUAAAACACCGUGGAUGGGGAUGUGAAUGAGGAACGAAAGCAUCUUAAAAUUUUACUAAAACAUUCACAAGUUCAAAGCAGAAAUUUACAUUUCGUCUUAAGUUUAAAGAUACUGCGCUUUGAGCAUAUUAUUGAAGAAUUGAUGACAAACUUAACGCCUAUUCAUGAACCUUAACGACUUUGUUUAUGAUUUGAGUUGAAAAUUAAGUUUUUAGUUUUAAUUUUUAAUUAAGUUUAUAUGUUUAGUUCUGUUUACUGAUAAGCUAAAUUUAUGGAAUAUAUGCUCGAUUCGCCUACUCUAAAACGUUAAACCUAAAGUUUUAAUUUAUCAAAUGUAUUAUAGUGCAAACAGGAAAUAAUGAAUAUUUAAAUUAAAAUCAAAUGUUUACGUACAUUAGUUACUACUAAAACAAAAGUAAAAGGUUUGCUGCUUGCAAACACAAUCAUGUCUUUAUAAAAUGUCAAAUAAUGCACAUAAGAGUUAAUUUAAGUCUUAAGUAAAGCUAAGAGGAAACAAAUUAAACCAUAAUAAAAAUGUAAUAAAACUUAUUAAAUUUAAUAUUUAACUAAAUAAUGCGUAAAAUUCACUUUGUAUACAACACCAUAAACUGUAAUAUUAUAUUACAAAGAAAAUGUAUUUAAAGAUAUAACAAAAAAGCAACAUUAGUUGUCGAACAAACUAUAUUUCAAGCGGCGGAGUGGCAAUUGUCGAAAAAUGCAAUCUAUGCAGAGCUUCAGUUGCGCCUUAUGAAGAUGAAAUAUUUCUAUGUGGUUUUCCAAUUGCUGCAAUUUAAUUUUUAAUGUUUGAAUAUGCAAUCCUUAGAUGUAGUUUUUAAAUCGUUAAGUUUUUUUUAGCUAACUUAUGUAGUUAUGGUUAUGAAGUGUUUGUUGUUUUCUAAAAAGCAAGUAAUUGCUUUUAUUAUUUUUGCUGUUGCUUUUCUUGACAAUGACUUCGAACCCCUUAAUGCGGGUUCUCUCAAUUUUAAACUUUUCUGAUAAUGCCACACACUCUCCGCCGCUGCGUUUGCUUUACAUGAUUUUAAUCCAUAUACAAUUAUUAUAGAAUUGUAAGUGUGUUGACAAAAAUAAUGUAGUUAAUAAAAAUCAACAAAAAUGCGUACAUGAACACAAUUGGUUCUCUUGGAUCCUAUAUAAUUUGUAUUUUUUUAUUUCUUAUCUAAAAAUUAGUUCUUAAAUACCAACUAAGCAGUAAGAAGCAAACGAAUAUUUAAGUCUACAAAAGAAAAGUGCACUAUCUGUCCCUUACGGACGCCUCCUCUCCGCAGUUGUGGCGCGUUGGAGGCGAUAUACGCUCCAGGUUAAUUUACUGUAAUAAAGUAAUUAAUUUACCCAAAUAAAUGCUAUGAUACUAUUUUAAUGAUAUGAUAAUUAUAAUAAAAAUAAAAUAUGCGGUUAUUUUUCUACAAUAA